AUGAGUCAUAACCGGUCACACUUUGAGUGCUCUUCUACCAAUAAUGAAGUGUCACAGCAGCUUAUUAUUAAAAAUGCAUUUGACCGAUUAUAUGAGCGAAGUCCACUGCCCGAGCUUCUGCAAAGUCACCUUGGACACAGUCCGAAGAAAAGGUUCCAUGGAGCAAGCAAUGCAACGCCAUCCGACAGAAUCAAUCAGAUAUAUGCAUCUCUGAGGAAAACUAGAAAGACUGAUACUUCACUUCCUCACUCAGACCAUAGUGCUAGCUUUUCCCACAACAGCAGUUUUGCUUGUAGUUCACCACAUUUAAACAGAAGUUCGGAUUCUGUAUUCAGGACUCCAGUUCAACGCUUGGUUGACAGAGACGCAAGUUUUAACAGGGUUACAUCAGAUGUACAGUUCUCUAAUUGGAACAGAAAUAGCAAUUACAUCAGCAAAUUUUCAAAUGUUCUGGAUAAUGAGGAGAAUUUGAGACCCAAUAAAGGACUUUAUGGGGAUACAAGAGACAAGUUUAACAGAGAAUUUACAAGAGGAGCCCAUUCACAUGUUUCCCUUAGGGAAGGUAAUUGUAGAAAAAAAUUUGACUGUGAUGAUGAAAAUGGUGAAAACAUUGAAGGUGAGUCAGACUUAAAUUACAGACAGUAUCAUCAAAACAGGUACAGUUCUGUUCAAGGUGUUUGUCUAAAUUCUGACCAAUUACAAUGGAGAUAUGGCAGUGAAGAUGAAGACAAUACACGAAUGUCUGGUUGUCAGUGGGACAAGUCAAGGUCUGAUUUGGGAAUUCAGAAUGAGGAAAGGCACUUGAGUUACCAGGAAAAGGACCUACUUUCUUCCCCUGUCAUACCUAUGCAUGGGUUUGAACGCCAACCAUCUCACACUCGGGGACCUGUGAUGCCUGAUUUUAGGGACCAGAGACACCAACAUUACAAAGACUCAAGGUCAAAAGAAGAAAGUAAUAGAAGCGAAAACAGUUAUAACGAAGACAGGGAAGCAAUGGCUGAAGCUGACAAAGGAUCAGAUAAAGAGAGACAUAGCAGUGGCGGUUAUGAAAGAGCAGAAUCAGAUGGCAGUGUCAGUGACAUUGACCUUAUACCAAGCACUGAUGAUGCCACCCCACUUAGGUCCACUAACCACAACAGUGUCACAGAGAAUCCAGGCCACAUUGGAGACCAGGACCUCCAGUCUACCUCCUGCCAAGACACAGAGACUGACACAGAAGUUACUCUGGCACAUCCCGGAGCCACAACCAUGGCUGAGGAGGACACAGAAGAACAGGACAAGCAACAUGAAACAGAAAAUGACAAUGAGAGCUUGGGCAAGAAAGAUGUAGGCAGCAACGAUGGUGAUGAGGAGGAAUCAGACACCAGAGAGGAAAGUGAUGAGGAAACAGCAGAUGACACGAUAGAGGAUGGGCAAGGUUUUUGUUAUCAUUAUACUCAUGAUAUGUAG